AGUGGAGCCGAGCAGCGAGUCAUCAGUUAGAUCUGAGCCGAGUCGCUGCUGCUACCGCCGGGCUGGAAACACCGAAGUCUCUCCUCUCUUUAAACUCCACCAUGGCCAACAAAACGACUCCUCUCCUCUUCAGGGCUCUGCUGGAGAUGUGUGAAGCCCACUCCUCAAAAGCUGUGCGAGGAGGAAACAGUAGAAGAGCAAACUUUAGACACUUGUGGGGUUCCUGCGGUGCCCUGGCAGCCAGAAGGGCCAGCCUGCCUCUCUGCUCCGCCGUCCCCGUCAGCACACCCAGCCACAGCUUCAUCAACCUGGCUGCUCCCAUCAGCCCGCGCAGGAUGGAGUACACCGAGUGCCGGACACUAGGGUUUACUCCAGAGCAGAUGUACAGCGUGGUGGCCAAUGUGAACCAAUACCAGAACUUUGUUCCUUGGUGCAAGAAGUCUCGGGUCAGGAAGGGGCCAAAUGGCUUCAUCCGGGCGGACCUCGAAAUAGGUUUCCCCCCCAUUGUGGAACGCUACACCUCUGAGGUCACCAUCAUCCCAAACCACCAAGUCAGGGCCGUGUGUACUGAUGGAUCCCUCUUCAGGCAUCUUGAAACAAUGUGGAGAUUCGCCCCUGGAGCCGAAGACUCACCAGCCUCCUGCAAAGUGGAUUUCUAUGUGUCAUUUGAGUUCAAAUCUCUCCUGCACUCUCAGCUGGCCGGCAUUUUCUUUGACGAAGUGGUCAAAAAGAUGGUCAAUGCCUUUGAGUUACGAGCAACGUCUCUUUACGGGAACCAGCAGGAGGCGCCACUGAGGAGGCGGUCGACAUGAGGCGACCCCUUUGAUAUUCACAUCCCCUUGGACCGUUAACCAAACCCCAUUCUACUUGCCAUCAACACUUGUCUUAACACAGGAGACUGGAUCUUCUUUUUGCACACACUCAUAUCUUAUACUCGAGUUGCACAUUUAACACACCUGACUUUUUAUUUAUAAUCCAUAAGCUAAUUUAUUUACUUCCUUGUACAUAUUUAGGGACAGCAAUAAAUGCAUGGUUUCAAAUGACCAUGUUUCUUUGUAACACUGUGGGAUAAUGUACAGACAAGUGACUCCUGGUCAGCGUUGAAACAUCUAAAACGGUUAAGAGCUAUUUCUUGUUCACCACUUUUUUUUUUGGUGGAAUUAAAAAGCUCUUAUUUUGGUAA